AGGGAUCAUGACAGUGGGGGCACAGCCCCAGGCAGACAAUGGCCGGGUGCCGUCCUUGUCCCUGGCACCCGUCCCCGGCCAGGACAGCGGCAUGGAGUUCGUGGCACUGACAGCGGUGCAGACUGACAGCGGCAUUCCCCGGCGCCUGGGGCUCCUGGGCACCCCUCUGCCGGGGCCACCGCGGAGCUCAGCAUCGCACAAGAGGUACCGCAGGCUGCAGAACUAUCUGUACAACGUGCUGGAGAGACCCCGAGGAUGGGCCUUCGUUUACCAUGCCUUCAUAUUCUUCCUUGUGUUCAGCUGCCUGGUGCUGUCUGUAUUUUCCACAAUUCCCGAAUAUCAUAACUUAUCCAACAAAGGCCUAUUUAUACUGGAAUUUGUGAUGAUUGUCGUGUUUGGCAUGGAGUACGUCGUUCGAAUCUGGUCGGCUGGGUGCUGCUGCCGGUACAGAGGAUGGAAGGGGCGUCUAAGAUUUGCCAGGAAGCCUUUUUGUAUUAUUGAUUUCAUUGUCCUGGUCGCCUCGCUGGCGGUUAUUGCAGCUGGGACUCAGGGUAACAUCUUUGCCACCUCAGCUCUACGCAGUAUGCGAUUCCUGCAGAUCUUACGGAUGGUGCGCAUGGACCGGAGGGGAGGCACCUGGAAAUUGCUGGGUUCAGUGGUAUAUGCUCACAGCAAGGAGCUGAUCACUGCCUGGUAUAUUGGUUUUCUGGUGCUAAUCUUUGCCUCCUUCCUGGUGUACUUGGCAGAGAAAGAUGCAAACAAAGAGUUUUCAACCUAUGCUGACUCUCUCUGGUGGGGAACGAUCACUCUCACCACUAUAGGUUAUGGUGAUAAAACACCCCGUACCUGGCUGGGCAGAGUCCUCGCUGCUGGGUUUGCUCUUCUUGGCAUCUCUUUCUUUGCACUCCCUGCGGGGAUUUUGGGUUCAGGGUUUGCUCUAAAAGUUCAAGAACAGCAUAGACAGAAACAUUUCGAGAAGCGUCGGACCCCAGCAGCUAAUCUUAUACAGGCUGCCUGGCGUCUCUAUUCUACAGAUGUGAGUCAUUCCUACCUCACAGCCACAUGGUAUUACUAUGACAGUAUCCUGCCUUCAUUCAGAGAGCUCCUUCUUUUGUUUGAUACCUGGCAUCGAACCCGCAGCCGGAAUGGAGGAGCUAGGCUCUGUCAGGGAUCUCCUCGCUAUCACCCAGUCUCCCCUGCUCUGAAAUCUGCAGCACAUCCUUUCUGUGCAGGGGAAAGCAUUAAGGUUGGACUGAAAGAUCGAAUGCGGGGUACUGCUGCUCUAAAGCAGAGCACACGCAGCAAACAGUAUUUGGCUCCUCCAGAAAGAACUUCUCCUGGACUAGACCUCCCUGCAGAAUCACCUAGCCCUACCAAGGUGCAGAAGAGUUGGAGCUUUAAUGACCGUACACGGUUUCGGGCUUCUUUAAGGCUUAAAGCAAAACCACAGGCAGAUGCAGAGGGAGCAGGAGAUGACAGUAAUGAUGAGAAGAGGCUCCCCAAUGAUCUAACUAUGGAGGAAAUAAUGCCAACUGUGAAAACACUGAUCAGAGCCUUUCGGAUCUUGAAGUUCCUGGUAGCAAAAAGGAAAUUCAAGGAGACUCUCCGUCCAUAUGAUGUGAAGGAUGUGAUUGAGCAGUACUCCGCUGGCCAUCUGGAUAUGCUGGGACGAAUCAAAAGCCUCCAGGGUCGAGUAGAUCAAAUCAUCGGCAGAGGUCCUGUUCCUAUGGAGAAGAAGCCACGGGAGAAAGGAGAGAAAACCCCCAGUGGACAUGAAGUAGAUACAGCUGACGAACUGAGUAUGAUGGGAAGAGUGGUGAAGGUUGAGAGGCAGGUCCAGUCUAUUGAAGACAAGCUCGAUGUCCUUCUUGGCUUUUAUUCUCAGUGUCUGAAGAAAGGUCCAGUGAGCUCCUGCACACUGUCUUCCAUGCAAAUGCCACUAAUAGAUCAGGACACGACAUCCGACUACCAUAGUCCAGUAGAUCAAGUAGAUAUAUCGGUGUCUGCACAGACACUUAAUAUUUCACGCUCAGACAGCAAUAAUAUCGAAUGAGAGACCUGAAUU